AUGUCGACGUACCAGAACGGCGUGGCUCCAGCCCGCGCGAUUGAUGAUGACAGCGACGUCGAGGAGGAAGCUCUGGUAGCCGAGUACAAAGAGCAGGUCCAAUAUGAGGACGGUGACGAACUCAGCCAGACCACCUCUUUGAACAUGGCGCAACAGACCGACGACAUUCAAGCGCGCCUUAUCCAAGCUGCCCAACCUCUCGACUUCUCAGCGCCUUUGGAAGUCAAGUUUCAGAGCUACGACUCCUACUGCAGCUUGUUCCAUUUCAUCUUGAACUCUGAGGGACCUGUCGACUUGGAGCCCCCUUCGUAUUACUGGGCUUGGGAUGUCAUCGACGAGUUUAUUUACCAGUUCAACUCCUUCUCGUCGUACCGAUCGCGGAUCGCGCGCCAAGCCUCCAACGAGGAGGAGAUUCAGAUCCUGCGGGAAAACCCCAACACGUGGGGUUCUUACAGCGUCCUCAACGUCCUGUAUUCUCUGAUUCAGAGAUCGCAGAUUACCGAGCAGCUCGCGGCCAUGAAGCGCAACGAGGACCCCGCGGCCGUUGCUGGCGAAUAUGGCUCAAAGAACCUGUAUAAGAUGCUGGGGUACUUUUCCAUCAUUGGCCUCCUCCGUGUCCACUGCCUGCUCGGAGACUUCAGCCUGGCCCUCAAGACGCUCGACGACAUUGAGCUGAACAAAAAGGCCAUGUUUGCCCGGGUCAUGGCCGCGCACUUCACCACCUACUACUACGUGGGCUUCUCCUACAUGAUGAUGCACCGCUACGCCGAUGCCAUCCGCAUGUUCAGCCACAUCCUCAUCUAUGUGUCGAGGACCAAGAACUUCCAGAAGAACGCGCAGUACGACUCCAUCACCAAGAAGAACGAGCAGAUGUACGCCCUGAUUGCGAUUUGCGUGGCAUUCCACCCCACGCGGUUGGACGACACCAUCCACAGCGCGCUCCGUGAGAAGUACGGUGACCAGCUGCUCAAGCUGCAACGCGGCGGGCCCGAGUCACUCCCCAUCUUUGAGGAGCUCUUCCGGGCCGCGUGCCCCAAGUUCAUCACGCCGGUUCCCCCAGACUUCGACAACCCCGAGUCCAACAUUGACCCUGUCGAGCACCACCUGGCUGUUUUCAUGGACGAGGUCAAGACCAACAUGUGGAGUCCAACAAUCAAGUCCUACCUCCGGCUCUACACCACCAUGGAUCUGAACAAGCUUGCCGGGUUCCUCGAAGUCAAGCCUGAGGAAUUGCGCUCGUGGCUUCUGGUGACGAAGCAGCGUACGAAGCAGCUGCGAUAUCAAGACCAGGGCCUGCUAGAUGGCGAGCUAGUCAAUGUCAGCGACCUCGACUACGCACUCCAGGGUGAUCUAAUCCACAUCUCCGAGGCCAAGGUUGGCCGCAAGUUGGUAGACUGGUACCUCCGAAACCUGGCUCGUACAUACAAUUAA